AUGAUUUUCCCACUCAGAACGGGAGAUACUGGACCUUCGAGGCAGUCAACUGCCACCUUUAGCAUCAACUACACCGUGCCAGGUAAAGCAGAUCUCACCGAUAACCUACAAACCCUGCGGGAGAUGCAUGAUCAGGCUCUUGACGCCUUGCUCGAUGAUGAAGAUUCUGUUGAUGGCUUGCAAAGCGCAAGCCAAUCAGCCAGCCCCCGAAGUUUGAUAAGUCAACCUCAUCUCAUCUCCGACAUCUGGCGUCAACCUUUAUUCGACAUGGCAUCCGCGGAAUCUCUCCUACACACCUUCAAGUCCAUGGUUACCUACCUACCGUUUAUAGUCUUCCCUGACGACUGCAACGUCUCGCAUCUCGCUGCUACAAAACCUUUUACUCUACUAUCCAUCUUGACGGUAGCUUCGGGGCCCCAGAUGGUACAGAAACACGCAUUAUACGAUGACGAGUUUCGAAAGGCUCUAGGUCUCAAGUAUGUCUCUGGUGGGGAGAAGAGUCUUGAGCUACUUCAGGGCGUAUUAAUAUACUGCGCAUGGUACCCUUUUCACUUGCGGCCCAAGAACGGACAGCUGGUCCAGUGUUUGCGCAUCGCCGCUGAUCUCAUCCAUGAUCUUGACUUGGAUCAAGAGUUGCUUACGAUGCCUGACCCGCUGGGUCGGCAAGUGACAGACGAUGAACUUGACAAGAUCCGAGCGUGUCUCGCUUAUCUAUAUCUUGUUUCUACAUAUAUCGUUGCAUGGAGAGGGGAGAGAGAUUUACCGACCAAUCGUCCGACUUGGGCCAGUACCGCCAUCGACACCCUGCAACAUAACGCCCAGGUCGACGGUGACUACACGCUCGUAGCCCUAGUCCGUCAGUCUAACCUCUUUUCCGAUGCAUCCAAGGUCAUCAAUAAGGAGGGGCAGACCGUGGAAAAUAGUCGACUGGUUUUGACCGAUCUUGACCAACAACGUCAGGAAUUGCAGCAAAGCAUGGAUAAUCUCACCAUGGGAUCGGGAGCGACACGAAUGCAGGCCAUGUUUAUCGAUGUAUUUCUUGACUGCGGGAGCUUGCUUGCCUUCCCCGUAGCCAAGACCUUCUUGUCGGCCAAAACAAGUUGCUUUCCUCCGCCAUUAUCCAACAUGUGCAGCGCCACAAAAAAGAUACGAAAUUUCCUGGACUACGUGAGCGAACUCGAAGAUUCGUCGCUCCUUUCAUUCACAGUCAACGACUGGACUCGGUUCAUCGUCAUCCUUACACUAUCGUUUCGCUUGUCAUUCCCGCUCUCGCUAUGUCCUGAUUUUGAUUCGGCUUCUGCCCGCUCCGAACUUCAACUGGAUCAAUUCCUAUCUAAAAUGUCUCGUGGUGCAGAUGUUACAGCUUCACAUGAUCUUUUGUCGGCCAGUCGUGCCAUGCUAGGCCUUGCCAAGUCAAAAUACGACCGUCGAGUUGGCUUGCUUGGAGGACCACCACCCGUAACCCCAGUGAGCAGGGUUUUUGGGUGUCCUGUGAUGGAUGGGAGCUUGAGGAAAUCCGUGGAACAAUGGGGUUCUAACUUGACGAAUUUAUCGGGUUGGGCCGAGCCGAAGAACCCUCCCCUAUUUCAUGAUGUAUGGGCAACGAUGACUAUGGGAUGGGGAAACGGCAGUGACAUAUCUUGGGAUACAGUAAAUGAGGGUUUAUACACAUCCUGA